CCGGGGAGAGCGGAUUUUAGUGUAUUCGGGGUCCGGGUGAGUGUGGAGCGCGGAUAUAGUGAAUGCGGGGUCGGGGAGAGCGUAUAUAGUGAAUGCGGGGUUCAAUGCGGGUCCGGGGAGAGCGGAUAUAGUGAAUGCAGGAGUCCGGGGGGAGAGCGGAUAUGUGAAUGUGGGGGUUUGGGGGGAGAGAUCAGAUUUUGUGAAGCGGGUCCGGGUAGAGCGGAUAUAGUUUAAUGCGGGGUCCGGGGAGAGCGGAUACAGUGAAUGCGGGGGUCCGGGAGAGCGGAUAUAGUGAAUGCGGGUCCGGGGAGAGCGGAUCAUGUGAAUGCAGGGUUUCCCGGGAGAGCAGAUAUAGUGAAUGCGGGGUCCGGGGAGAGCGGAUAUAGUGAAGCGGGGUCGGGGAGAGGGAUAUAGUGAAAUGCGGGGUCCGGGGAGAGCGUAUAAGUGAAUGCGGGUUCCGGGAGAGCGGAUAUAGUGGGAAAGCGGGGGCCCGGGGGGAGCGGAUAAGUGAAUGCGGGGUCCCGGGAAGGAUAAAAAUGAAUGCAGAGUCCCGGGGAGGAGCGGAAUGUGAAUUUCGGGGU